AUGGAGGGAAAUUUAGGUAUCAACAGUUUUGGAGUUACAGUUAAGGGUGAUGAAGCUCCAGAGAGCUUCAGGGUGGCUGCAAUGGGUGAAAAUCUUGGUCAAUUUGGCGGAUCAACGGCUGCACCGACUCCGGCGCCACCGGUAAGCGCAGCGGUGCCAGUGCCGGGCAGGGAGGUGAAGAAAAAAAGGGGAAGGCCAAAGAAGUACGGACCAGAUGGGUCACCCAACAUAGCACUGUCACCAAUGCCGAUUUCGGCUUCGAUUCCACUUACCGGUGAUUUCUCAGCCUGGAAACACGGUCGGCCAAUUGAGUCAUUCAAGAAGAAACACAAAUUGGAGGUUGUAAGUCCAGGUGACCGGGUAGCAUACUCUAUUGGUGCAAAUUUCACGCCCCAUGUGAUCACUGUUAACGCUGGCGAGGAUGUUUCAAUGAAAAUCAUGGCAUUUUCUCAACAAGGGUCCAGAGCUAUUUGCGUUCUUUCAGCAAAUGGUGCAAUUUCAAAUGUUACACUUCGUCAGCCUAAUUCUUCUGGGGGUACUUUGACAUAUGAGGUGCGAACCUUUUCUUCUUUUUUACUUCCAUUCAAUGUGCAUCAGGGAGGUCAGUUAUGUGCAGCAUAGUGCCAUGCUGUACCUAUAUUCAGUACUGUGAGGUACUUAAAUUCACGGUGCAGACAUGUUCUCUGGUAUAUGACCGAGGGUACUUGAAGAUCAUCUGAGGUGUGGAGUUCAAAGAAGGCUACAAGAAGGGCUGUUGUUCAUUUCUCUUCUCAUUAUGUCUCUGAGGAGCAUAUUUUUUGGAAGGUCAUCGACUACACUAGGAAAUAUCAAGGAAACUAGUCAAUAUAAAUAUUUUUUUUUUGCAAGGC